AUGAUUGACAUCGAAAGAUUAGAUCCUUCAUCGUAUAAUCCAGAUCAAACUUUCUCAAUAUCUGAUGAUCAGUGGAUUUCUGUAACAAAUAAUGGAUUGAGUAAACGCGUUACAAUUUUGAUUCGUAUCUGUGUAGCAACUGGUAUAGUUGUGUUCCUCAUCUCACUACUUGUUCCGAUAUUUUGUUUCAAUGGCAAAUCAAGGUCCACUACUACUACUACUACUACCACUAGUACAACAGCAACAACAGUUACUACAACGUCUACGACAUCGACGUCCUCAACUUCGACUUCAACAACAUCAACUUCAACAACAACCACAACAACAACCACAACAGUAAGCUGUGCACCUGGUUAUUCUGCAACACCAGCCGCAAAAUGUGUCGAUACAUUGAGUAAUUUUUAUAGUUGUGGAUCCAUUGCUUAUGUUUGUUCAUCAAAUUAUACAAUCUGUUCAGCUGGUGUAUGUAAGAUAGCACCUGAUAUACAACUUAGUAAACCAACUGCUAUACCUGAAUGGGCUGGUAUGCCAAUCGAUGAUUCUAUACAGCAAGUUACUCUUUCAGUCAAUAUUACACUCUAUAAUUAUAGUACUAAUAUUGUUACUGUAUCAAGUAAUGGGGUUCUCUGUCUUAGUAGUUGUAGUUCUGCUUAUUCAAAUGAAGAUCUUCCAACGGGAAGCGUUGGAGGUCCAACAGCCUUUGGUUUCUGGGAUGAUCUGAAGAUUUAUAGUGGUACUGCUCAAGCAGUUUAUUAUGGAACCAGUGGAACAGCACCUAAUCGAAUAACAAUUUUUGAAUAUUAUACCAGUAAUUAUGCUUCACCAAUAAAUUAUUAUCAUUUUCAGAUAAUAUUUUAUGAAAAUUUACCAAAUAUUGUUAAAUAUGUUUAUUUCGAAAUAUUCGACGGAGGUGCUUCAGCAACUAUUGGUGUACAACAAUCAUCAUCAGGACCAAGUAUAACCUAUUCAGUAAAUCAAGCAUAUGCAGUGGCUUAUAAUACAACACUUUUAUUCAAUACAAAUAAUGGUACUAUGAUUCGCUUAAAUUGA